UCAGGUUUUGUGUUUCUGAGGCAUUUUUAAAGGAGAGAAAUCCGUGGACGGGCUCAGAGACGGGAUGCUAGAGGAGCCCGGAUAGGCAGAGUGAGGAGAGAGAGCUGAAGCUGGGACUUCCCUGAGCCUCCAUCAUCUGCAGGGAGGGAAAAAAACAUCACACACACACCGCCUCCCACACACACACUCACUGUGCUGAGCGCUAGCAAGGGGCUUUAAACGGCUUCACUGGAAACACAGACAAAGGGACUGUAACCCGCCACAAUGGAGGAAAACAUGGAUGAAUCGCAGAGCCAGAAAGGCUGUAAGGAGUGCUGUGAGCGCUGUGUGGGCAGCCUGCCCUGGGCCUCGCUCAUCGCCACCAUCCUCCUCUACAUGGGCGUGGCCUUGUUCUGUGGGUGUGGCCACGAGGCGCUGAGCGGCACCGUCACCAUCCUCCAGAACUACUUUGAAGUCAUCAGAGCCCCUGGAGAUACGCUGGAUGUGUUCACCAUCAUCGACAUCCUGAAGUACAUCAUUUACGGCCUGGCAGCUGGAUUCUUUGUGUUUGGAGUGCUGCUGCUGGUGGAGGGCUUUUUCACCACCGGAGCCAUCAGGGAUCUCUAUGGAGAGUUCAAGAUCACCGCCUGCGGACGCUGCCUGACUGCAUUCCUGAUGUUCCUGGCCUACCUGUUCUUCCUGGUCUGGCUCGGAGUGACGGCGUUCACCAGCCUGCCGGUCUUCAUGUACUUCAACGUCUGGUCCAUGUGUCAGAACACCAGCUCAGUGGAGGGAGCCAACCUCUGCCUGGACCUGCGUCAGUUUGGGGCGGUGACCAUCAACGAGGAGAGGAAGGUGUGCACGGGAUCUGAGAAGUUCUUCAAGAUGUGUGAAUCCAACGAGCUGGACCUGACCUUCCAUCUGUUCGUGUGCGCGCUGGCAGGAGCUGGAGCUGCUGUCAUCGCCAUGGUCCACUUCCUGAUGGCUCUAGCCGCUAACUGGGGCUACCUGAAGGACGCCAGCCGGAUGCAGAAGUACGAGGACAUCAAGUCCAAGGAGGAGCAGGAGCUGCACGACAUCCACUCUACACGCUCCAAAGAACGCCUCAAUGCCUACACAUAAACACACCGCCACGAGAAACGACACACACAGACGCACACACACCACAUGACACGUGCACACACACACACACACACACACACACACACACACACACAGAAGCCUGAUGACAGAAACACAGCAUCAACAACACAAACCACAAAGAUGCAUUCAAACACACAGACAAAGACACGAGUAGUCAGACGUUAGACAACAACAACAACAGAGCGAUGACAGCGCAGACGCCCUCAUCGUCCUCGUGUCUGCAGUAGAUGGUUGGCUUCGUGUUUCAGGUUCAGCAUCCAACACGUUUAAAGAACCGCAGAUGGUUUCUGGAACUCACAGGAAGUAGGAUGCAGGUACCAGCGCCACCACAACCGUGAUUAUUUAGUCAGAGCGCGGUCACUGCGUCCCGAACUUCAAACUGAUCACCCCAGAUUGGACUGUGAUUAGUCUGAAGAACCACCAACACGCCGCUGUGUUUUCCCUCCAGCAGAGGGAUCAUGAGGUGCAGCCAGACCGUUUUCCAUGAAGGUCUGGAUGUGCCGAACUAUUCCACCUGUGGUGCUGCUGCGGCUACGUCAGCUGUAAGAAGUCCUUCGAGUAAAACCUGAAAUCCUGAAGCCCUUUACACCCUCAAUGUUCAACAUCCAGUGAUCCAUAGGGGGGAAAAACAAAAAUGAAAAGAGUAAAAAGCUUCUGAAAAUUAGCCAAAAACACGCAGACAGAGCGCAGUGUGUCGAAAGCAGCACAGCAAAGACGAACCAAAAAUGAAUGAGAAGAAGAACCCAAAGAUUUAUUGUUGUUUUUUUUUUAAAAUUUGGUCCUCGGUGGCGUCUGGUCGGGCAGCAAAGAGGAAGCAGAGAAGCUAACACGCUAACACGCUAACCUGCUAAUGGCUACAUCUACAGCAGACAUGUGAAGGCGUCUGUCAGCUCAUCAUUUAACCUGGGGGAGGACAGGAUCAGAGCUCCGCCUGCCUCCCCCGUCAAUCACACACACACACACACACACACACACACACACACACACACACACACACACACACACACACACACAUACAUAGAUGUGACUGAAUGGUUGGUGUUGUUCGGUGAUGUCAUGCUGUGUCGUGUCGUUUCGCCACACUAUGAUGACUGGUGUUGCAGAGAAAAAGGUCCCCGAGGAAAUUUGUGCCUCCGUGGUACAAACAGGAAGCUUUGCCACCUUUCCUUCCUUUCCUUCCUUUCCUUCCUUCCUUCCUUCCUUCCUUCCUUUCCUUCCUUCCUUCCUCCUUUCCUUCCUUUCCUUCCUUCCUCUCUUCCUUCCUUCCUUCCUCCCUUUCCGUCCUUCCUCCUUUCCUUCUUUCCUUCCUCCUUUCCUUCCUUCCUUCCUUCCUUCCUUCCUUCCUUCCUUCCUCUCUUCCUCCUUCCUUCCUUCCUUCCUUCCUCUCUUCCUCCUUCCUUCCUUCCUUCCUUCCUCUCUUCCUCCCUUCCUUCCUUCCUUCCUCUCUUCCUCCUUCCUUCCUCUCUUCCUCCUUCCUUCCUUCCUUCCUUCCUUCCUCCCUUCCUCCCUUCCUUCCUUCCUUCCUUCCUUCCUCUCUUCCUCCUUCCUUCCUUCCUUCCUCUCUUCCUCCUUCCUUCCUCUCUUCCUCCUUCCUUCCUCUCUUCCUCCUUCCUUCCUUCCUUCCUCCCUUCCUUCCUUCCUUCCUUCCUUCCUCUCUUCCUCCUUCCUUCCUUCCUUCCUUCCUUCCUUCCUCUCUUCCUCCUUCCUUCCUUCCUUCCUUCCUCCCUUCCUUCCUUCCUUCCUUCCUUCCUUCCUUCCUUCCUUCCUUCCCUCCUCUCCCAGCCCCUCUCACCCUCCAGAUUGUAUAAACUUGUGAUUUGUCCUCAGAAACAGCACAUCUUAGCAGCACAAAGUCUUUUUGUCAUCUUCUCAUCGGUCUGUCGAAGAACGUUUUUUCUCACUUUUUGGAAUUUUUGCCACGUUUUUAUCUGUAUUAUUUCUGUGUGGUUUUAACACUGCGGGUAUUUAAGCGGGGCAGGUGUUGGGGUGGGACGGGGUGGGGCGGGUUUGUUUCACAUUUUCAUGUAAUGGUUCUGUAUCUCAGUGGUUCUGCACACACACACACACACACACAAACACACAUGCCAGUAAUCUGGAGAGUUUCCAUUACUCGUUCUGUAGUCGUGUUUUCUUCGUCGCCUUCUUUCCACGAGCCCCAACGUGAGCAGAUGUUAGCAGGGAGCUGAGACUGGAGGUCGUUGUCUGUUCUAGAGGUUCUAGAAGUUCUAGAGGAGGUCUGGAAGUGCUGAAGGAAGGAGGAGGAUUGUAGACGGCUAACGAGCUAACGAGCUAACGGGCUAACGGUUGGGUUUGUGCUCUCACAGGCGGUUCCCAGUCCACAUUUGGUGUCUUACAUCAUCAUCAUCUCCUCAGGUGCUUCUGCUUCAGAUGAUGGGUUGGUUUGGGUCGGCGGAGCUACACCCGCUGGGCUCAGAUCGGGAACAUCGAGGCUCGCUUUGUUCCUAACGCAGCGUGUUUGGAGAAGGAAAACGCUCUGAUGUUGUGUUGUGUUCGUUUUAGUGUGUAGUCGUGUGGAGCAGCCGUGAGGAGACAUGAUUCUCUAUCUGCCAGUAGAGAUGACUGAGUUCAGAGUGACUUCAGGACGACGGUUUGAUUUGAUGAGGACACACACACACACACACACAUACAUGUUUACACACACACACACACACACACACAUACAUGUUUACACACACACACACACACACACACACACACUCCACCACCGCCAUCACUCUGAGCCAUAACUCUUCGCUCUUUUACUUUUCACCGACAACAUUUCACUAUUUUAGUAUCAACUUUUAAUCUUUGAAACUUUUUAAAUGUGAAAUCAUUUAAUUAGAAAAAAAGAAAUGUGUUUUUUUCUUUUUUUUUUCUUUCGGUGUGGGCAGUAUGAAGCACUGUACCUACGUUAACUCUGUAUAAAGAUAUACAUAUAUGUGAAACAGUGGAGGUGAGCAGCCGGGAGAAUGAUUUCCUAUCGGCUACAGAGUCUGGAGGAGGUGCUUCAGUCCCAAUGUCCUGAGCUUCUACUCCCUGCACAGCUGCAUUUACACGCCUGGAUGAGGUUUGGAAGUCUCUGCAGCACAAAUAUCUGCUGAUUUAAAGGCAGCACUGCCAUUAAAAUAUCAAAAACGAACGCUGCGCUUUGAGGAAAACAUUCGGUGAUGAUGUCGUGAAGCUCAUGCACAGACCAAACACGCAAUAACACCUCUGAGCUUCUAACAGCUGCACUCGUUUGCUGCUUUCUGAGUUCUUCGCAGAGUCAAACCUGGUCCUCGUGUCGUGUGAAUGCAGCCGAAUGCGACAAAAGAUAAAAGAACAAAAAAGCGUUGUUGAAGAAGGGAGCCUCCAUCAGACUCGUGUCCUGUUCAGGUGCGUCUCGGCUGCAUACAGUCAGUAUUUUUAAGGGUCUAGUUUUACAGUAACAGUAUUCUAUCAUUUCAUUGCCUGACAAUGGAUGUCUUGUCAGUGUUUUUAACCUCAGAUAAAAGAAAAAAAUAGUUUUUUGUGCACUUAUUGACCAUUGUGAGCUCUCUCUCUCUCUUAUUCUUGGUGUGUAAGUGCAUUGAGAUCCCGGUUGUGGGACCUGUGUAUAGUCUUGCAGCAUUGGUUAUAACCUGAAGAAAUAACAAAGAUGAAAACGAAUGAAUUCAUAAUAAUGAAGAUAAUCUUAUACUACAUAAAAAAGACAGUGAAUCUAGUUGUUGUUUGUGGCAUGGUUAUGCAUUCAAUGGUCAUAAUUUUAAAGAUUAAAACAAGACAAAAAAAAUCAUUCUUUUCCACCGGCGCUGUUCUGCUGUUUUUGUUUGAUUUUCCACUUUUCAGUGUGCAGUAUUGCGGUUCCUGUUGCUAAUGGUGUUGCUAAGCUAGCUUGCUUGCUCAGUUGUUUACCACCAGAGCAAUAUAUUGUAGCAGUUUGACAAAAUCAAGACGUAAACAAGAAAUCCAUUCCCUUCAAUUUCCGGCAUACAAGUGCAUGAAUCUAUGAUUGCAAGUCUUCAGUGAUAUGAUUAUGGUGUUCUGUAUUGUUUAUCCUAAUAAAGCGGAUUUGCAGA